CGAGCGUUAGGCCGUCGAUUGCUCUUCGGAUUCUCUCUCUACACUAUAUGUGAGUUCGAGAGCACAUUACUACGUUGACACACAGCAAGCGCCGACGCUCACAAUCAGCUCUCGUUCGUUUCGCCGCUCACUACUCUACUACUCUCCGAGCCAGAAAGAGAGAGAGAGAGAGAAAGAGAGAGAGAACUCCUCGCUUACAAACUAGUCGGUCACCGACAACGACGCGGUGAUGUUUACAGUUUAAAAGUGUUCCGCUCAGUGUUCUCAAUAAUUUAUUGUGUACAGUGACAAUUAACGUGAAUACAAAAAAAAAAAAAGAAAUUAAUUUUUUGUGCUGUGCGGCAAAUUAAGUGCAUAUUGUGACAUCAUCCACUUUUGGAUUAACUUUACCAAGUGCUUAUCUUAUCUCUGGAGAAUAAUGCAAAUUGUCCUUGAUCUCUAGGAAUAUUGGUGAUCGACAAGAUCUUUCAUUAAUUUCCAAGGGAAAACCAAGACACUUGACGGCCGCGAUUAUUGGCUGAAAGGAAAGUACCCGAGUUAUCAUCCGGCUAUCAUAUCACAACACCACCCCAAAGUGGGGGUGGUGGUUCGACGUUCAGUGCCGCGGCAAUGGUGGCAGCUGCCACCGCUACGGCCACCGCCACUGCUAGCGUGGUGGCCAUGCAGGACCGCCAAGAUAUCCCCACCCAAUUCAAUCAGAAAUUCUAUAACGAAUCACCUAAUCUAAUGCGUUUAUCGCAAAUGCAGAGUCAACAUGGAAUGCCCCAUCAAUCGUAUAGCUCAGGUUAUGGCCAAAGAGGACCAAUGACAGCAAUGGGAUCUAUUGGAAUGAAUAAUUUUAACAACAUGGGUUCAAUGGCUCCAAUGCACUCUAUGAAUUCUAUGAAUUCGUUAAAUAGCAUGAGUAGCAUGAACUCCAUGAAUCCAAUGUCCAUGGGAGCAAUGAAUAUGAAUGGUAUGAAUGGAAUGUCCCAAAUGAAUUCCAUGAAUUCGAUGAACUCCAUGAACUCUAUGAGCAACAUGGGAAACGUUGGAAUGAACAACGUCAUGGGACCCAACACCAUGCAAAUGAAUAAAAUGACCAUGCAGCAACAACAACAAUUGCAGCAACAACAACAACUGCAACAACAACAACUACAGCAGCAGCAACAACAACAGCAAAGUUACCCAAGGAGGUUGACUCCUUAUCCAAAUCCUGCAAUGCACAUGGCGCAAAAAAGGCAACAGGGACCAUACGCGGGAGCAAAUCCAGCAGCAAUGCAACCCGGUUUCAAUAGUAUGCCCACGAGCCAAGUACCCCAAUAUCCCAACCAAAUAACCCAUCAAAAUUAUCCAGCCACGAGACCCAAUUUUCAACAGCAAUAUCAACCAGUACCGGCAAUGAAUUCGCAAACGACUGGAUUUCCCACGAAUCCAAUGAUUAGAACAUCGGGAAUUAGGCAAACAACACCAUCGUAUAGCUCACCGGCUCAAGGAAAUCAAUACUAUAAUGCAAAUGUACCUGCAACUAUGGGACCAACAACAGUUGGUAAUCAAUUUGUUGGACAUCCCGGUGGACAUCAAACAAAUAGUGGUUAUGGUGCUGCUGCCUCGUCAUAUGUCGCGGCCAACAAUCAAUAUCAACAGGAUGUUGUAUCACCAAUGAGAACAACGCCAGCGGGAAAUAUGAACUAUCAACAUAGUCCAAUUCCUGGAAAUCCAACACCACCCCUAACUCCUGCCGCUAGUAUAUCACCUUACAUUAGUCCAAAUUCUGAUAUUAAGCCUAACUUUAAUGAACUCAAUAAGCCUUCAGUCAAUAUGCAAAAAGAUGAAUUAAGAUUAACAUUCCCCGUGAGAGACGGUAUUAUCCUACAACCCUUUAGAUUAGAACACAAUUUGGCAGUGAGCAAUCAUGUAUUCCAUCUAAAGUCAACUGUUCACGAGACACUAAUGUGGCGAUCGGAUCUUGAAUUGCAACUCAAGUGCUUUCAUCAUGAGGAUCGACAAAUGAGCACCAAUUGGCCUGGUAGUGUGCAAGUAUCAGUUAAUGCAACACCACUUAUGAUUGAUCGAGGAGAAAAUAAAUUAUCCCAUAAGCCACUUUACCUCAAAGAUGUUUGUCAGGGUGGACGUAAUACUGUUCAAAUCACCGUUUCAGCGUGUUGCUGUUCGCAUCUAUUUGUCCUUCAAUUGGUGCAUCGACCUAGUGUACGAAGUGUAUUACAAGGAUUACUACGCAAAAGACUGCUUACGGCCGAGCAUUGUAUAACUAAAAUCAAAAGGAAUUUCAACAGCACGAUAUCGAACAAUGGAAUUAAAUCGGAAUCUGAUGUUGUGGAACAGACAGCAUUAAAGGUGUCGCUUAAAUGCCCGAUUACUUUCAAGCGAAUUACGUUGCCAGCUAGAGGUCAUGAAUGUAAACACGUUCAGUGCUUCGACCUCGAGUCUUAUCUUCAAUUAAAUUGUGAAAGGGGUUCGUGGAGAUGCUCAGUCUGCAUGAAACCAGCUCAACUUGAAGGCUUAGAAGUAGAUCAAUACAUGUGGGGAAUUUUAAAUACGACGUCAAGUACACCGGAGAUCGAAGAAGUGACAAUAGACUCAGCUGCUAAUUGGAAGCCAGCUAAAGUUUUGAAUAGUAUAAAAUCUGAGGAGGAAAACGAUUGCAAAAGAAUGAUUAAAGCAAUGUCACCGGGUAGUAUGAAUAUGCCAACAAUGAAUAAUUGGGAUAUGAAUCAAGCAAUGAGUCCAUAUAUACCUCCCGAUAUGAAUAGUAUCGUCAGUGGUUCGAUGAUAAAUCAACCAUCAAACUACGGGAACAAUAAUAUUAAUCAUCGAAAUUCUUCUGGUGGCUCAUACGAUAUUAAUUCUGGAACGAAUACUUCGGGAAAUUCUGAUUAUACAAAUGGCACUGGUCCAUUGACACAUUUAAAUGAUUCCGUUAAUUCUCUCGAUCCUCUAAAUGCCAUGGAAAAAUCUCUAAACGAUCAGAUGCCACAUACACCUCAUACGCCGCACACACCUCAUACUCCACACACGCCAGGUGGAGGAAAUAGUGGCCCUCCUAGCGUUCCACCAUCGUCCCAAGAGUCCAACAGUAAUCACAAUACGUCUGGCAAUACCAGUACAAAUAUUAAUAAUGACUCAGCCGAGUUACCAUCGGAUCUAAAUUUCGAUCCAGCUGCAGUUAUUGACGGCGAAGGAACUGGACAAGAGUCUCUUAAUUUACUACCAGAUGACGUGGUGGAUCCAAUGGAAUUACUCUCAUAUCUAGAUCCACCGGAUUUAAAUACACCACCAAGUAGUGGAGCCAGUAGUGGAAAUCCAUCGUCGAGUGACGACAUAUUAGCACUCUUUGAGUAAGAAUAUUGUCAAUGGCGCGCAAUUGCCGCUGAGAAAACCUAAUCAAAUUAUUACUAUUUGAAGAAAAUUUAAGAAAAAAAAGAUGGUUAUAAAAAAACGUCUUGAGGACGUUUUCAUUUUCACAUCGUAAAAAAGCCAAGAGCGAGAAACUUUUUAAGACGGUUUAAUUUCUUUAUUAUUAUUAUUAUUAUUAUUAUUAUUUAUUUGCUCACGUAUCAUGUAUUUAUAUUAAAAUCGUCAAUAUAUUUGAAUUGAAUUUAUUAUCAUGAGAAAAUAUUCUUUUCAAUUUCUUUUUUGCCAAAGAUUAAGGGAAAUCUAUUUUAUACAAAGACUGUAAACAAUCGAAUUUGUUUUGAUUUCUUUUUCAAAUCAAUAUUGACAUUGCGUAUACUAAUUGUAAACGCAUUUAAUUUUUAAUUGUACAAAUUACACUUUGUUGGAAGUUGAAAAUCGUCAAUAACUUCCAUCGAGAGGGUUAAGAAAAAAAAGCAAAAAAAAAAGAACCUUACCAUCUGUAAAAGUUUCUUGCAAGUGGAAAUAAUGUGAUCGUCAAGUCAUUAAUGCUGCAAAUUUGUUUUUUUUUUUUUUGUCAGCUAUACAUAAAAUUAUUAUUGAUGAUUAAAGAAAUGUCACGACGAUUACUAAAGGUGCUCUCACCUAAACAAUGGUACAAACAACUUUAGCUCUAAUUAUAAUAAUCUUAUUGACGAAACUAGGGCAUAUUAGAAAUAGAACAAUGACCUCUAAAUGUAGCGUAACAAGAACGCAAUAAUGUUAUUUGCUGAGAUAUAAAGACCCCACUUGGAACGUUAAAAAUGUCAUAAAUUAUUAUUUUUCAUCAAAAAAUUAUAAAUUUUUGGAUUAAAAAAAUAAGUUUAAAUAAUUAACAAUGUUCAUUUAAAUUCAAAUUAUCUUCAAGGUAGUUCGUAAGUGAGUAAAAAAAAAGUUGAUUUUAUUUUUGUGAGAUAAAAAAAAAAAGAAAAGUUUUUUCUUAUCAGGCAGAGCCGUUGAUAAAAAAAAUUUCUAAAUUUCUAACAUGAUUUUUUAAAUAAUAUAAAAAAUAAUCACAAACGAACUACCUUAACGUCCGUUUCGUCAUCAAUUUAUUAUCAGUAUUGAUUUCCUUGAAAUAAUAUUUUCUUUCUCGAUUUAAUAUUCAGGAUAUGAAAAUUUUUUUCAAUUGGUCUUUAUUUCUAAUUCUACUUACAAUAAAAGGCCUAUUUAAGACCUACAUCGCAAAAAAAAAAAAAAAAUUCAAACACGUCUGUACAGUGGCUGUCUGUAAAUAAGUUUUUUUUUUUUUUUUGAACUCGCGAUAAGGGUAUUAUAAUGCAAUGCAUAUUUAUAUAAAAAAUAGUGAAUAUUGUUUGUUUCUUUUUGAGAGACAAACAAAAAUAAUAACAAUAAUAUUAAUGGAGAAUUAUAUCUCGGGAGAGUUUAUUAUAUUCGAAGAAAAUUCGAAUUACGCCGAAAUCGGAUGAUAUAUAUAUAUAUAUAUAUAAAAUAUAAUCGCGCAAAGAUAUUUCUCCUACGAUAAAAAAAAGAGAAAAAAAAAAUUUUACGAUAAACGACAUAGUUAGAAUAGUAUUAUUCAUAGAGGCACUAUAUUGAUGGGAGGAAACUCGAAAAAAAAUUAGAGGACCUAAGGAAGCAAUGACGACAGACAAAAAAGGUCUUGAUAUUGUAAUUGUAAAAAUAAAUAAUUAUAACAAUAAUAAUAAUAAUAAUAAUAAUAAGGUAAAUAUGUCCAUAUAGCGCAAAAAUCCAGGUUUCAUUUAAAACUGUACAGUAAAACCUACAUUUUGUAUAAUAAAUAAUUGAAGUGUAGGUUUUAACCCUGUUUACAAGGGGGCCAAAAGAAAAAGAAACUUAAAACAAGGGGGCAUCUCGUAUUCUUGAGAAAUGAAUCAUUUUAUUAGCGCGCAACGAUUUCUAUAAGAAUGUUGCAAAGACAUCGAAAAUUCUUCGAUUUUUAUUAGUGAAUAUUUGGAAUAAGUUUUUGAUUCACAUCGUUAACAAUCUUUUAAAAAUGUCAUUAUAAAUUGAAGAGAAACAACAACAACAACAACAACAACAAAAUGUCCCGGCUGUUGAUUAAUUAUUAUUAAUAUACAAUUGCCGAUAAAAGGUCUAUUAUAUGAUGUCAAUUUAUCAGUUGACUCGUAUCUUAAAAAUUAAAUCAAAAUAAGCGAAAAUAAACUACUUAAUGCAUCUCUGAAGAUAAAUCUCACUUUAAUCAAAGUCAAUCAUUUUUACGCGCAGACAAACGAAUAUAAUAUUCGUUACAUAUAUUGUAAUAUAAUUUUAAUAAAACUGCCAUUAUUAUAAAUAAAUUUAACAGAGAGAUAUUUAUACUAAUUUUUUAAUAAAAAAAAAAAUAGACAAUCAUAUAAUUGAAAAAUAUCAUUUGAGUAUAAAUAUCUUUUAAGGUUGUUUUUUUUGUUAAGGAAUGCUUUCUGAUUUUCUUUUCACAAUUAAAAAUCAGAAAGUUUCAAUAUAAUAUAUUUAAAAAGAAAAGAGAAAUUUCUCAAAAAUAUGUCUGUGCGUGAAAAUGAGACUUCUCGAGUAAAAGAAAGUAAUGAACAAUUUUUAUUGUCGAAUGAAAUUGAUGAUCGAUGAGAAAUGAAAUUGAAUGAAACGUGCCUAUUUAAAUAAUGUACUGCCAGAGUGGCACAGGCCACGACCCCUUGCUCGAGUGGUAGUUAUUACAUUUAUAAUCGUUUGUGAUUAAAGGAAGAGAUAUACUUCAAGUGAUUCAUGUAGAUUAUACAAAUUUUAUAUAUAUAUUAAAAAAAAAAAAAAAAAAAACUUGUAUUUAUACUUUUAAAGCGCACACUGAGUAAAAUAUUUUGUUUUGACAAUAAUACAAUAUUUUAGUCAACUAAAUAUUUAUUUGUGUAAACAAAAAUUUUUUUUCGAUUAUCUCAACAAAAUGUUACUUAAUUCAAGAAAAAAAAAAAAAAUUUAUUACCUCAAUUAAAAUUAAAAAUUUGUUUUUAAAUAUUAGUUGAGUCAACAAAAAUACAGUUGAGAGAACAAAAAAGAAUUUUUUUUAUUCACAAAUAUGAAUAAAAUAUUUUGUUUUCAAAGCAAAAAUAUUUUUCUCUGUGGCAGACCUAUGGCGUACUAUAUGAAUUAGUUGCGGUCAAGUUUCUAUUCAUGUAACUUCUAUAACAUCAUUGAGAUUAGAUUUUAAUAAUACGUAUAUAUUAAAGGCAAUUAUUGUAUAUUAUUUGUACAUAUGAAAAAUAGAAUGAUAAUAUAAGAAAAAGUGGCAAAUACUUAUUGGCCAGUUACAACAGUACAAA